GAGUGUUUCAUUUCUCUUGACAAAAUCAGAGAAGCAGAUCACAAUGUUGUGGUUCUAUCAGGCCUGCAAAAGAAGCUGCUCCGUGAUCUCAAAAGGUGGAAGGAUGGAGGACGUAUGACGACAUUCAGACCAACAUCAAUAAGAUAAAGGAUAACAUAAGUCAUAAAAGGAUACUUCUUGUUCUUGAUAAUGUUACUAGGAAAAACCAGAUGGACUACUUUGGGGCCGGAGAGCAUGAACUGCUGUGUCCCAAGAGCAGAAUCUUGUUCACAAGCAGAGACCAAAACUUGCUGAAAGAUCUCAAGGUAGACGACGAGUUUAUCGUCAAAGGACUGGGCCCGGAUGUAGCGCUUCGGCUCUUUUGUCACCAUGCCUUGAUGAGAGAAGAACCUCAAGGGGGCUAUGAGGAUUUGUCCCGAAUUCUAGCUCAUUAUGCAAGAGGUCAUCCGUUGUCUCUUAAAAGGUUUGGCUCAUUCCCAAACGGCAAGUCCAAACAACAAUGGCACCAGAUAUUGGAGAAGUUAAUUAGAAGCGCCUAUCUCGAUUUGUCCUGUCGUUCCUUCUGGUUCGUUGGGCUAUAUGAAGGUCAAGGCGGUGAUGCUUUUGAUGAUGGUGCACACACUGGUAUGAGGCAAAUUAGGCGUUAUGGACAGUCAGUCAUUGAUUCCAUCACCAUCGAUUAUGAUCAGAACGGGUGUCUAGUGAGAUCUGUCCAUCAUGGUGGACAUGUCCAUGACAAUGAAAGGCUGGUCAUAUUGGAUCACCCAAGUGAAUACCUGAUUUCUGUAUCAGGCCAUAUUGAUGAUAAGGACGGUCAUCACGUUGUUCGGUCUCUCAAGAUCCACAGCAGCAAGAAGACGUACGGACCAUUUGGUUCAGAAAGUGGACAGCCUUUUGAUCUCUCACAUUCUGGUGGACGGAUUAUCGGGUUUCAUGGAAAAUGUAGCAGCCAUCUCCAUGCAAUCGGAGCCCAUUUUGGGCCAAUUUCUCACGCCGAUCCAUUCGAUGUCGUGGGACCAUUUGGUGGUGAUGGUGGUCCAGACAUUUGGGACGACGGAAAAUAAAUGGAUGUGAGGCAAGUCAUCAGAGGCUUCGAUUUUGCAAUUAAGUCCAUCUCUGUCUUAUAUGAUAAACACGGACUUCAAGUUGGCCCGUUCAUACAUGGCCUAAUUGGAGGAGGCAAAACAUAUGCGAUGAGCUAUGGAAUAAAUAUCAUCAACAUUAUCUU